CAUUUGUAAACCAACAAGAAGAGAAAGAAGAAGAAUUCCCCGGUGAUGUUUACUUGAGGUAUAUUUUUCUUCAUUAACGUUAACAAUUCGUUAUUGAUUUUGACACGUCUUAGAUUGCUGAUGACAUGACAUACGUGGUUUUACUGCAAGACACGUGGUACGUGGUGAGGAUUUAAAACGCAUUUCUUCCAUGUUUACAGUAACCUCUCGGAAGUACGAAGAUGCCCGAGUAUUGCGUAGCUCAUGGUUGCAAAAACGAGCGCAAUGCCCAAGUCAAGGCACGGAAAAUUACCUUUCACCGGUUUCCAAAAGAAAAACGUAAAAGGAGGCAGUGGGAAGUUGCCCUUGGGAGAGAAAAUUUUGUCGCCAGUGACCAUUCGGUGCUCUGCAGUGCUCACUUUAAACCUGAAGACUUUGACAGGACUGGUCAAACUGUCCGACUUAGAACUGGAGCCAUACCAUCGGUUUUCAGCCUUCCAGCUCAUCUCCAAAAUCAGUCUUCUAAGAGAGCUGAAGAAUGUCAGGACCCGGAGCCAAUGGACCUGUCUCCGGCGGUCUCUGAACUAGACCCCGAAACCAAGAAUGGUGAAUGUGGAAUUAAUUAUAAGAUUAAGAAUGAUUCCCAGUACCACACAACUGAUCACUCCUACGCAUUGCCUUCUGCUUGUCUUCUAAGGAAGAGACUAGAUGAAGCCCUAGCAAGAGUGGAGAGUUUGGAACGGGAGAACAGGAACGCAAAAAUCAGAGAAAGUCGGGCCAAGGAAAGGCUGCACUGUCUGCUUGAUGAACUGAAGGAGAAGAAUCUCAUCAACAUAGAGCUACAAGACAAGCUUGAUUUUUACUCAGGACUUAAUCUUGACCUCCUUGAAAAGAAGAGUCAUGAGUACUCACAGGACCAGCGUGAGUUUGCCCUCACGCUCAACCUCCACGGGCCAAAGGUCUAUCACUACCUCAGAGAGACUCUGCAACUCCCCCUCCCACAUUCAAAGACUUUGCAAAAGUAGGCAUGCUGCAC